UCAAAACAUCACCAUGACAUGGUGAUGCCUUAUCAUUUUAUGCCUUAUGAUGCUCUAAAUUUUUUUUACAUGUUUAAAUUAUUAGAUCUAGAUUAGAUCUAUGACUAGAGUCUAUACAUAGAAAUAGCAUGAUAAUUUCUAGAUAUCUAGAUAAUUUAAACCUUUUUAAUAUCGAAAAUACAAAACCAAACAAUGUACGAUCUGACAGAUGACUUUUUAAAUUUGGACGUUUUUGAUGACGAUAGUUUAUCCUCAAAAUCAAAACGAGCAACCUGUGACAGAUGCAAGCGACCAUUGAGUGUGUGUUGGUGUCCAUAUUUACCUCGUCAGCCCCUGCAAGUUCAAACCAAUAUUUAUAUUUUACAACAUCCUUUUGAGGAAUCUAGGUGUCUAAGAACAGUUCCUAUUUUACAAAAUUGUUUGGAACCAGAAAAAUGUCAAGUUAUUAUAGGGAAACGUUUUUCACAAACAAGGCAUCCAGAACUUGUGUCUGUGCUGACUUCCCCCAACACUGUUCUCCUUUAUCCAGGAGAGGAUGCCACAGACAUCUCAUCAUUAGCCACAGAUCAAACCUACAAUUUGGUCCUUUUGGAUGGCACUUGGUCCCAAGCUAAAGGAAUCUACUGCCAAAACUCCAUUCUGAAAACACUCAAGAAGGUUCAAAUCAAAUGUGAUCAAAAAAGCAAAUAUGUGAUACGAACCCAACCCUGCGACUCUGCAUUGUCUACCUUAGAAACAGCAGCCAUUGCUUUAGCCACUUUAGAGAGACAACCAGAGAUCUUUCAGACUUUGACCCACCCUCUGGUCGCUCUGUGCAACUUCCAACUGGAACAUGGAGCUGAAGAGCAUCAGAGCAAAGAGUACAAGGUAGAACAUGGCCUGUGGACCAAGCCACUCCCUAGAUCUGUUUUGAACCGUCUGGCAAGAAGAAAUGCCCAAGUGUUGUAUAACCAAUAGCAAGAAACUCAUUAGCAAGUCCACUCCUGAUGAUGCACUUGUUCUCUUGAUGUCUCCAGUCUGUAGUGGAUUCAAGCUUCUUACAGACACAGUUUUUGUUAAAUCUAAAUUUUUAAUGGAAUAAAAAUUGCCUUUGAACUUUUAA